AGUCCAACCGAUGGACUGGAAUUUGGAGCUACUGCACGAGUCAUCUGCGACGAGGGCUUCCGCCUGGUUGGACCAGAGACGAGAAGUUGCCAAGGUGACAAGACAUGGAGCGGAGAGGGUAACAGUUGCAAAGAAAUUGAAUGCGCGAAGCCGAUGCUUGAGUAUGGCAGUGUGACUGUCAAGACGCCCAUAAAGUAUGGAGACAUAGCCAUAUUUAGCUGUGAGGCCGGCCGGACUCUGAUCGGAAAGAAGACAGCAUUCUGCGUUGGGGAUAACAAAUGGUCCCAGAAGAUUCCUGCAUGCAUUGAUACCUGCGAGGUACCCCGUGUGAGCAAGGGCGAUGUGCGACAACUAAACGAAGAUUAUUACAGUUAUGCCAGAUAUACCCGGUUCUACGAGGACAGGGUAGAAAGUGGAAUGAGUCUCUAUGUCAAGUGCGAAUGGCGUUACAGUCUAAUUCCAGAAGCAAACACAUACGAGGGCUACAGAAAGAUGACUUGUGUGGAUGGCGCUUGGGACAGUGAACCAAAGUGCGAACCAAAGUCAUGUGAACAAACGCCGUCUCAGCUGAAUCAUGGGAUCACAACGUUUGACGGACUGGAACACGGAUCCCGAAUCCGAUAUUCCUGUGAUCCAGGCUAUACUCUCUCUUAUUACCAGAACAGAACCUGUGUAUAUGGCAGAUGGACUGGUAGAAAACCCUGGUGCAAAAAAAAUUAUUGUUCGUAUCCAAAAGAUUUACCCCUGGGUAUGGAAGUGAUGGAUGACUCAACAGCUACUAGAUUCGAGCACGACGCUAUUCUGAAAUUGCAAUGUAGAAAGGGAUAUAGAACUGUUCAUAAGGGAAUCAGUCCGCAAUUGACAUGUUACAACACCACGUGGGAAAUCAAUGGAAAUCUUCAAUGUGAGUCUGAACCUUGUUUUUACGAAGCGAAACGGUUUGAGGAAGUAAUAUCUCAAACAUACACAGAGGACGGCAAAUUAAGUCACAACUCCACUCUCGAGAUAAGAUGCAAAUAUCCUAGACGGUUUCAUUUGAAGGAUGGUGUCUCCAAAGCCAGAUGCCAUUACGGAGAAUGGCAACCCAGGGUCCCCAGUUGUGAAGCAGAGUCGUGUGAAUUACUGGAGAGCAUUACUCACGGGAGAAUCAUCUAUUCCGAUGACGACACGGCCAGAGUUACAAAACGUGUCCCCCACCAGGCGACGGCUAAACUAGUUUGUGACAUGGGUUACAGGAUAGCGAAAAACAACAUGACCCACUGUGUCUACGGAAGAUGGUCGCCGAGUAGUGCUCUGGCUUGUGACCCUGAAUCGUGUCAAGGAUAUGACGAUUUAGGCAGAGCAGGGGGUUAUCCUGCAUCUGACGGAGAUAUAAGGCAAGUUUUCUGUCCUCGUGGCUAUCACAUUGACAAGUUAACCAUUGAUGGAGAGUUUCUCUAUACAAGGAACGUCACUGCUGAAUGCUCCUUGGGCGAAUGGCGGCCGAUGGUACCCGAAUGUAAACCAGAUCCGUGCAAGUUACCGUCCUGGGGAAAUGUGGACAUGCGCUACGAGAAUGGGACAGGUGAUGUUGACGUCAUCGUUAGUCAUGACAUCAACGUCACGUUCUCCUGUGUCGAUGGUUACGUAUGGGAAAACGAAACAACUGACAUCACAGAUCUGAGUCUCAGCUGUCAAUCUGGAGAAUGGAUUGGGCCUCUUCCUCCUAAAUGCAUUCCAGAUGGAACGGGCUGUCUGGAUCCUGGGGACAUCCAAAAUGCAAACAAGACAAAUGUCCGGAUAGCGGACAAUGGAUAUUAUCCCAGCGGUGAAUUGCUGACCUACGAGUGCCACAAAGGUUUCCUUGUUGACGGGAUGAUCAGGAACCAGGAAAUCUUCUGUUUGGGAAAUGGAACUUGGAGCGACAGUCUUUUCAAUUGCACAGCCCUGACCUGUGACAAACCUGAAAGCAUUAAAGACGGAUCGUAUUCUCCAGUAAAAGAGCUGUACUUUUUUAAUGAAUCUGUCACCUAUUCGUGUGAGAAUCCUAAGACAGUUUCUGGCUCAGAGAUUUUAACAUGCACGGAGGAUGGACAGUGGAAUAAAUGGAAGCCUGAAUGCAAAGUACCGAAAUGUCCCGAUCUACCUUGGCCUGAGAAGGGGCGUCGAGUGGGCAGCGGUCGGCAGGUCGGGGACAUUGUUUCUUUUGAAUGUAACGCUGGGUACAGUGUGCACGGCUCCAAGGCGAGAACCUGCCAAACCAACAAAGAGUGGAGCGGAGAAAUAACAACAUGUGUUGCGGAUCUCGACCAGUGUGUCAUUCCCAAAGAAGGUAAGGAUGUCAGAUCGGUGUACCAUGAUGUCGGCAAACAUAGCCUGGAUGUUAGAAUGGGGGACCGCGUGAAAGAAGGGACCGUAAUGCUGUCCCGAUGUGAGCGGUUUACAGACAUGUACUUCAUCGGGGACCCAAAACGUGUUUGCGAGCACGGACAAUGGAUUGGUGUGGAGCCCAAGUGUACAUACACUUACCUUACUGAAGGCGCAUAUUCCCGUCGGUAUUAUCACGAGGUGUCUCGUCCUGCACGCGGAAUCUCCAUAUCAGAUGAAGGUCAUUUAGAGGUCAGAAAGGGUUCUACCGUCAUUCUUACUUGCCAGUUUGGAGAGGAACAAGUUUGGUCAUCUAUGAAAGGUUUACAUUCUGCUGAGAUGGUAGAAAAGCCCGUAGAAUAUUACGCUGAUGGAGGAAGAAAAAUAGUGUCUAGCAAGCUGAGAAUUACAGAUGCCGACUCGCAUCACUCGGAUACUUAUUUUUGUUCCAGAUCACGCAGAUCCAUUCCCACAGGAACAUUUACAAUAACGGUAACUUGAAUCCAGCCACUUGAAUUUUUAUUGCCGUGUACGUGAAUCUUUUUCUGCAACGAUAUUUUGUCCUCGAAAUACAAUAAAAGCCUUCAUGUCACACAGA